AUGGAGGAGGAGCUGGGGGCAAUGACCGAGAAGCUCGAGGUCCUUCGGCGAGAUCUCGCUGACCGUGGCCUUGCUGAUUCGAUUGCCGAGGUGAUCUCGCCGUUCUUCCGUGUUUACCGCUGUCCAGAUCGAAUUUGAGUAUGCAUAAUCUGCUUGCGUAAAGGAGCAUUUCUCGGGAAACCCAUCUUCGCGUCUAUUAGCUUCUAUCGUGGUUCGGCAUGGAGAGGAUACAUGAGAAAGAUGAUAUCAGAUCCCAUUACAUAAGUCGUUCCAAUCACUGGUCGAUGGAGUCCUGAUAUCCCAUUCAGAAUAGAAGAAUAAUAUUGCUUUUGGCGAACGUCACCAAGAAUACCAUUUAUAUUUCAGAGAUACGAAUUUUUCUCGUGUUUUUUUUCUAAAUUCUGUGUAUCCAUGGCAUGCGAUUUUGAACCAUUUAGCGUAAUGUGCGCUGUGUUUUCCAGCUGCAACAGCACGUUGAGAGGCUUAGGGGUCUUGCAAAAUCUACACCUACAAGACGACCCAAAGUCCAGGUUUAGUGCAUGACUUAAAUUGUGUGGUAUUUUCAUUGACUGAAUUGUGCUGCUCAUCACUGCUUUUAUUUAUUUUCAUUUCUAAACCACUGCUAUUCAUUUAUUGAAUUCCGCGUUUCAGGACAUGAGUGCAGAGGUUGUUGACAGCAACCCUUACAGCAGGCUUAUGGCACUGCAGCGAAUGGGUAUUGUGGAGAACUAUGAAAGCAUACGUGAUUUUUCAGUGGCCAUAGUUGUGAGUUUCUCCUUCUCCUGCUUCCAUCUUUCAUUUCCUUUGAUUUUUUUGCUGCAUAUAAUUUUUUUAAAAUAUUUAACCCUCACCUGCUCGAGGAAAAUGCAAUUCUAGUAUUCCAAGCUCUGGUUUUGAAUUGGCAUAUCAUGAAAAUGUGAAAAAAUUGCAUUAAAUUCCUUCAUCAUAUGAUUUUACAAGUAUUUUCCGUGAUAAAGUGAUGAUGUAUUUUAGAUUUAUUUUCCACUAAGCCAUUAUAUUCUGUGAAACACUCUUUAUCGUGCAUCAUGGCUCUGUGACUCACAAUUACCCACCAACAAAACCAUACCAAAGGAAAAAAAAGAUCCUCAUUUUCUUGUCAAAUGCUAUGAGAUUGGAUGGGGGAUUGAACUAAGAAAAUCUAAAGGUUAGAAAGUUUUAAUCACCCACGAGAUCUUGGUACCGAUGAUGUUCCUCUCUUAAAAGGAUAAUGUGGCAUAUGAUUGAUGUGACACAAUAAGUAAAAUCCAAUGAGAUAAUAUACUUAUCUUGUGUUUGAAUGUCAUUUCUGCCCUACUAUCCAACAUUUUAGAGCAUCCUGAAAGCGACAAUGUCCUAAACAUCUCUGCCCUAUUACUUUUCAAAUAUUUCACGAACUUAAUGGGAUAACUGGAAGAAGCCUAUCCAGAUAUCUUAUUCUAAAUUUUAUUUAGAUAUAAGACACCCAAUUAUUGGUUUUACACUCUCGCAAUGACAAUCUUUUAUAGAGAUAAUAACACUAUAAUUUUCCAAAAUGUCGAAGCAGAUGCAAUAGCCAUCUACUUGAAUACUGGAUACCUCCCAAUCCAGGAAUCCAAUGCUGAAGAAUAGAAAGCUUUCUGAAGAUUGACCUAGAGCUCUUUCUCUAUCCACUUCAUUAAGUUCCUUUACAAGUGAUUCGAAAGCUAGCCUCUUUUAGGGACAUUGCUUUUAAGAGCAUCAUAGGACCUCAAGUUUCACUUGAUGAAGGUUUAAAGGACAGAUUGGAAAGUUGAUAAAGGCAGCUGUGAGGCAAUGUAAGCAUGCAUGUGGGCCUGAGAUUUGGUGACAAUGAUUACAGGUUGACUAGAUUUGGUGACUUGAUUUUUGAAUGUGUUUUUCGAAGUGGAGCCAAUUAGAGUAUAAUUUGGAGUCAUAUCACUCCAUCUCAUUAAGAUGCCAUUAUGGCACUCUUUUCGUAAUUUUAUGUUCUUAAAUGAUCUCAUUUUUUUAUGGUUUAUUUUUUAUGGCAAUUAUUCAACUUCUCUUAAGUCUGUUGCCAAUUUCAUGAAGUAUACUUAACCUUCUUCUCAAAGUUUCAACUUCUCAUUUUUUUAUGUUUUUUUUAUUGUCUUUUCUCGUUCUUUUACCCUUCUUAUUUUCUUUCUUUCAUUUCUUUUUUUCAUGGGUCAUAGGGAAUUGGUGGUGUGGGUAGCGUUGCUGCAGAGAUGCUUACAAGAUGUGGCAUUGGACGUCUUUUGUUGUAUGACUAUGACACAGUGGAGUUGGCAAACAUGAACAGGCUAUUCUUUCGUCCAGAUCAGGCAUACUUCUUUCUUUUCAUGUGAUAUGUCUUUACUUUUUAUGUUUCUCAUUAUCCGUUGUAGCAUUUAAAUUGAUGAUAUUGUCUGUAAAUUUGUACUACCAUUUGCAGCCAGUUUUGAUGUAUAUCAGCGACUUUAAAAUUAUGUAUAAUGCUAAAGUUCGAUUUUUUUUGGGAGUGAUGGAUAAUCAUUUCAUUCAUGCUGCUGCUCUUCAGGUGGGUAUGACUAAGACAGAUGCUGCCGUACAGACUCUUUCAGAUAUAAACCCAGAUGUUAUUUUGGAGGUAACGAGCUACAGACUGCAUGAAAUGUUUGACGAUUUGAAGGAUUAUCUGUUACAAUUGACUUUAUCGAACGUGCCUUUCUCUUUUUACCAAGUUAACAACUCAAUUAUUCUGUUUUCUUUUGUUGGCUGAUUCUUCCUCCUUUUUUACGUAGAGUUAUUCCUUGAACAUUACAACUGUGAAAGGCUUCGAAACAUUUGUGGAAAGCCUCAAAAGAAAGAGUUCACGAAUGUCUGCACACUGUGUAGACCUUGUGUUGAGUUGUGUGGAUAAUUAUGAAGCUCGUAUGGUGGUGAACCAGGUGAUUUCAAAUUGCAGAACAUGAUAACUUUCAUUUUCCCUUCCAGACGUUUGAAACAAUUUUUUGAUUAGUUUAUUAAUGAGAACAGUUUAAUCUAUGCCUGAAUUCUUGAACUCCUUUUAUCAGUCGCGUAAUCUAAAUAUUUAAUACCUUGAAUAUUUUUUUUACCGUGCAGGCAUGCAAUGAAUUAAGCCAGACAUGGAUGGAGUCUGGUAAGAAAAGUCAUAGGCGUGUGAUAUUUAUAUACUUUGAUUAUCAUUGUCUAUUUGACUAUUUGUUCUGCAUCUGUGAUGUAUUACACUCUUUCACUCACAGUUCUCCCAAUUUUUGAAAUCGUAACAUCAGAUGAUCUGCAUGAUGCUAGAUUGAUGUUAUGCUUUAUGUAGCGAGUUUUCCAGUGGAGUGCUUUUAUGGAAGAUAAUGUAGGAUAAAAUCAAUAUUUUUUGCUCAGAAAAGUAAAUUGCUUAUAAUCAAUCACAUGAUCAGUCAAAUCAUUUCUCGCUUAAACAUAGGAACAGCAGGUAGAAAAUACACUAGCUUCGUGAAAGUAAGAAGACUUUUCUAUUUUACUGGCCCACUUCUUUUCAUUACUUGGAUCUUGCAGGAAAUUAGAAAUUUCUAUUGUGACAUGUUGUUCUCUGAGAUCAGCAGGUAGGCAUCAGUUUGCUAACUUUAUUACUUUUUUAUCUGCAAACCGUUGAUAUUAUCGUGACCUGACUUCUGUAUCAUGACCAUUGACUUCUUCUUUUUUGAGAAUGUGCUUGAGUAAAUAAAGAAUGCACUUAAUUGUUCCUGCGAGAAUGAACAAGAGGAUAUUCACCUGAGAAGUUUCAUUGGCAGGUGUAUCUGAAGAUGCUGUUUCAGGUCAUAUACAAUUGCUUAUCCCUGGCGAAACUGCUUGUUUUGCAUGCGCUCCACCUCUGGUUUGUCUUUCCUUAGUUUUUCUUUGUCAUAAUGUGAUUGCUUUCCUCCCUAGAAAUGCAUUCACAGUAUGAGGACAAUGCAUCCUGUGUAACAGACCGUAGCUUUUACGUUUCAACUUCUGCAUAAACGUUAGUAACAUGCAUGUUUCUUGGUCUGGUCUGACAAUUAUAUUUCAUGUAUGAAUUUUUAUAAUAAUCAUUUUCUUAGGUUGUAGCAUCUGGAGUGGAUGAGCGCACUCUCAAGAGAGAAGGGGUUUGUGCUGCUUCUUUACCGACGACCAUGGUGAGUUUUUUUGUUCUUUUUUGUUAUUUCACUUGGAUGCUUAUCUUGGUUGAUUGUGUCGUAAGCCAUGAUUUUCGAGAUCAGUGUGAUGAGAUGUGCAUUCAGAAAUAACUGAUCUUAUUAGUAUACUUAUUGGGUUUUGAUACUGAUAUUGCGUUUGCACCUUAAACUCAGUUGACUUCUGUAUCAUCGAGUUGAUUUAGAAAGUCUGAAGUUCUCCAAACUCCAAACUCCAUAAAAUCUUCAUUUAGAACUCCAUACCCGGGAGCCUGUGUCUCAACACUGUUGUGUGUAUUGGUGAACCAAGAAAAAACUCGCCAUAAGAUUAAGGUUGCUUAGGUUUAACAGAUUUCAAAUGAAUCCUGCGUGACCGAUGACUAGACUUGAGCCUCCUAUUGCUUUGUCCCCUUUGAAUACAGUCGCCAUAAAUUCUAAUUUUGAAUUCAAGGUCCGCUGAGGUAAAUUGUUGCAGCUGUAGAUGCUUAGCGUUCGUGCCAUAGUUUUCCCCUCCCCUGGUCAUUGAUUCAGUGACACUUUGAGGAAUGGUAUGUUUGGUUCCACGACAUAUAAAAUGCCGAAUAUUGAUUGUAACUAAUCAUAUUAAACAGAUAAAGGCCUUUAAAGGCCCUGAAUAGUGCUAAAUAUCUUUCCAAUUCUCCAAACGAAUUCACAACCUCCAUGGUGGCUGAUUUCCAUAAUCUUCUUCAACAUUUUUGUUUUUCCUCCCCAGGUUUUUUUUUUUUCACGAAUCAAAUAUUUUUUCUGCAAUAAUAUUCAGUCUUGGGAACUAAUAUGUUGAUGCUUACACUCUAUGGGGAAUGUUUCUAUUGCAUUGCAAACUAUGCUUUCAUUUCCCUGUGAUUUCGACCAUGGUUUAGGUCCUUUAUUCUUUGACAAAAUUACAGAUAUGUUGAAUUACAGUAUAUUAAAUAGAGUUUUCCACUACACCAUUUUUUUUUCUUAGAAGUUCUGGCUAACAUCCUAGGGCGUUGUGGCUGGACUACUAGUUCAAAAUGCGCUGAAGUACUUACUGAAGUUUGGGGAAGUGUCUCCGUACUUGGUAAAUAUCCUCUUCUCUAUCCUUCUCCAAUCUUCUGUAUACUUUUCUAUCUGUUUCUCUCUGUUUACAAGAACUCUAAGAUCUAAUUAUUGAUUCAUUGAGAUAAUCUUGGUGGUUUCCUAUUUCCUUAAUCGAUGGGUUCUCCAAAUGAAAAGUUCAUAUGGUUUAUUUUUCUGCAAUCCUAUUAGGUCCAAGGUCCAUGUAUUGGAACUAUACCCUAAGGCGAUGGCAAAUAAUAUGAGAUUUUAACUUCAUCAAGGUCUGACUCAAACCUAGUGUUGGGCUCAGGGGCAAGAUACUGGCCGGCCUAGUCAUGUGUUUGGCCAGUUCCUUUAGGUUUCAGAUGAGAUUAGAAGUCAUGCUUUUGAGCAGCAUGAAGCUGCAUGAUUAAUAGCUGUUCUUCAUAUCUUUUCUCCUUCGCUGCUGUUUCAGGGUUAUAAUUCUCUUAAGGACUUCUUUCCCACAAUGGAGAUGAAACCAAACCCCCAAUGUUCAAACGCAGCUUGCCUUGAACGACAGGUUACAUCUUCUCUCUCUCUCUCUCUCUCUCUCUCUCUCUCUCUCUCUCUCUCUCUCUCUCUAACACUGGACCUAUACACUGGUGUAGAGAGAGUACAUCCUUGCAAAACCCGCCAGAGACGCCGCAAUAAAGGCCAAGGUGGACGCGGAAGCCUCCUCGAAGGUCACAGGCCCCAUUCAUGUCGACAACGAGUGGAACAUCAGGUACGACCACCCCUGUCUAGGCUUUGGGUUUCUCUAUCCUCGUUGAUGUCAUUAAGAUUUCCCAUAAAAGGAAAGGAUCUUCUCCAUCCCUGAUAUAUUCUCCACGUCUCUCAUCGCAGCGUUGUUGACGACAGCGAGGGACAAUCGAGCCACUCCGAUAUCUCAGGUUCUUCCUCAUCUCUCUCCUAUCGAGCUUCAGUCGCCAUGAGGCUGACGGCUUCUCCUCCUCUAAAGAAGCAUCAUCUUGAAUGAAUGUCCUACAUUUUUUCUAUUUAUCUUGGGAAAUGAGAGGCAACUCCCCCCUCCCCCUCCUCCCCCCGGUGGCAGAUGCUCUUCCCCAGGGCCUGGUUCGGGAGCUUCCCAGUGCCGACGGCUACCCGUUGGAGGAGCCAGGGCCCAGCUUUGACGACCUCGAUGAGCUCAGGAGGCAGCUGGAGGCUCUCAAUGCUGCUUGA